AUGUCUGUCCUCCGCAACAUCAAGGCCCUCGCCCCCCUCCUGGACCGCGUCCUGGUCCAGCGCAUCAAGCCCGAGGCCAAGACUGCCUCCGGUAUCUUCCUCCCUGAGAGCAGUGUCAAGGAGCAGAACGAGGCCAAGGUUCUCGCCGUCGGCCCUGGUGCUUUCGACAGAGAUGGCAAGCGCCUUCCCAUGGGUGUCGCUUCCGGUGACAAGGUUCUGAUUCCCCAGGUACGUUACGCCCUUCUCGUCUCCGCGUUCUUCCGCGUCGCAUUGGCGAUGCAGCACAUCGCCCUGACGGCGCCAAACUCCUAUGAUAUUAUCGAGUCAAUGCUAACGUGCCUUUCUCAUCAGUUCGGUGGUAGCCCCCUCAAGGUUGGCGAGGAUGAGUACACCCUUUUUCCGGGACUCCGAGAUCCUGGCCAAGAUUAA